GGGCAGAUGGCACUGUUCACUGUGGUGUUGGCUGCUGCACUGUGCCGGGGCAAGAUGGCUCGGGGCAGACGGCACUGUUCACUGUGGUGUUGGCUGCUGCACUGUGCCGGGGCAAGAUGGCUCGGGGCAGAUGGCACUGUUCACUGUGGUGUUGGCUGCUGCACUGUGCCGGGGCAAAGUGGCUUGGGGCAGAUGGCACUGUUCACUGUGGUGUUGGCUGCUGCACUGUGCCGGGGCAAGGUGGCUCGGGGCAGAUGGCACUGUUCACUGUGGUGUUGGCUGCUGCACUGUGCCGGGGCAAGGUGGCUCGGGGCAGACGGCACUGUUCACUGUGGUGUUGGCUGCUGCACUGUGCCGGGGCAGGAUGGCUCGGGGCAGACGGCACUGUUCACUGUGGUGUUGGCUGCUGCACUGUGCCGGGGCAAGGUGGCUCGGGGCAGGCGGCACUGUUCACUGUGGUGUUGGCUGCUGCACUGUGCCGGGGCAAGGUGGCUCGGGGCAGACGGCACUGUUCACUGUGGUGUUGGCUGCUGCACUGUGCCGGGGCAAGGUGGCUCGGGGCACACGGCACUGUUCACUGUGGUGUUGGCUGCUGCACUGUGCCGGGGCAAGGUGGCUCGGGGCAGAUGGCACUGUUCACUGCGGUGUUGGCUGCUGCACUGUGCCGGGGCAAGGUGGCUCGGGGCAGACGGCACUGUUCACUGUGGUGUUGGCUGCUGCACUGUGCCGGGGCAAGGUGACUCGGGGCAGAUGGCACUGUUCACUGUGGUGUUGGCUGCUGCACUGUGCCGGGGCAAGGUGGCUCAUGGCAGACGGCACUGUUCACUGUGGUGUUGGCUGCUGCACUGUGCCGGGGCAAGGUGGCUCAUGGCAGACGGCACUGUUCACUGUGGUGUUGGCUGCUGCACUGUGCCGGGGCAAGGUGGCUCGGGGCACACGGCACUGUUCACAGUGGUGUUGGCUGCUGCACUGCGCCGGGACACUCAUAAGGCCUCUCACCAGUGUGUGUAA